AUGAGUUCAAUUGAAGAAAAAGAUCCAAACACACAACUUCAUGAACAUGUCAAUCUCUUUAGAGGUAAAAUUGGUGACGAUAUCAUGAAUAGCACGCAAAAGUAUUUAAGAAACCCUUUUCAAGAUCUUAAUAAGUUGUCCAAACAAGGAAUCAAUCUAUUAGGAGAAGGUUACAUUUAUUUUGCCAUUCGUGCUGCCUUUAAAGGUAGAUCCAGAACUGAGAGAUUAAAAGAAUUAUCCGCAUGCCCAGAUUGGAAAUUAAUUAAUAAGUUUUAUGCUGUUAUUGGUUUUGGUGUUAGUGUUGGUUUUGAUAUCGAUUUAUUAGGAUUUGGUUUUGGUUUUAAUUGUUAUAGUUGGUUUGGUAAAGGUAUUAAAUGUAAUUAUGUUUAG